AUGUUAUCAAUGCAACCUUUCGACGGAAAUGAAACGAUUAUCAAAUCAAAUACUUGUCACAUAUCUAAGAAGCUUUUUUGGUUAAUUUCAUUUUUAGUCGUUGCCAUUGUCUUAGUUUUAACUUCUUUGACGAUAUAUUUUGGUGUUCGUUCACAAGAAGAAACCGUUGUUGAUUACGAAACUUCAUCAAUAUCAACAAGUAUUCAUCAUCAAAAUGAAAUAACUAGUUCGAUUGAAUUAACGACUGUACAAGAUCGUCCUCUACCUGUAGAACGAAUACCAUUUAAUUUAAAACCCGAGUUAUAUCAGUGGACUGUUACACCUGAUCUGAUGACAGAAACAUUUAAAGAUAAGCAUAUGUUUCCAUACGGAUAA